UUAUACUGCGACCUGUCACAUGGCAGUAAUGCCGCAGCAACCGAAGUUAGCGGCAACCUUAUUUCGCGCAGGUAGCUGAAUUUUUGUUUUUACUUUAAAACAUUAGUUCCCCGGUAGGGUCUUCUUUUUUGUUCAUUCUCCAUUUGUGAGUGGGAGCUUCACGGACUCCCUCUGUCGUCGUCCGGGAUGAGCGACAGUGACGACGACGACGUCCCGACCCUGUCGGAGCACACUCUGGCGGCCCUGCGUGACUUUUACACGGAGCAGGAGACCCGCAGCGGUCCGGGUGUGGAAUCCACCCCCUCGGAGCAGUUUGCUGUGGGAGCAGUGGGCGAGGACUGGCGGAUGAGUCAGUUCUGGUACACUGAUGAGACAGCGACACGCCUGGCCGAGGAGCUUCUCCAUGAAGCCGGAGAAGGAGGCAGGAUCGCGUGCGUGAGCGCCCCCAGCGUCUAUCAGAAGCUGAAGCAGCUGGCCGGUCCAGACCAAGCGUCUGUGGUGGUUCUGGAGUACGACCGCCGCUUCUCCAUCUACGCCCAUGACUUUGUCUUCUAUGACUACAAAGAGCCGCUGUCGCUGGCGGCCAGCGUGGCACCGCACAGCUUCGACGUGGUGCUGGCAGACCCUCCUUACCUGUCCGAGGAGUGUCUGAGCAAAGUCAGCCAGACCGUCAAGUUCCUCAGCAAAGGCAAAGUUCUGCUCUGCACGGGAGCCGUCAUGGAGAACGUGGCCAAACAGCUGCUGGACGUCAAAGUGUGCAACUUCCUGCCAAAGCACAACAGAAACUUGUCCAACGAGUUCCGCUGCUUCGUCAACUACCCAUCACGCCUACUGACCUGCUGACAACCUGUCCGGCUACCAUGAGUUGCACCUCCACCUGGCUUGGUCUGAGGGCUUAGCGCUGGAUCCGGAAAAGGGUCUGCUACUGCCGUCGUCCGAGGUGUGUUAUUGGAGCAAAGCAUUACUAUUAUGUCUCUAUUGCUGCUGUAGACGCGGGAAACAAACACGAGUUUUGACUGGAGAUUUAAGCGCUGCUCACAGAUGAAUUCCAUCGGCUGAUUUAUUAGCACACCUUAGCUUAGGACGCGUCCUCUGUUCUACUGGCCAUUCAUUAGUAGAUAGCGCACUCUGGUGGUGACCACUUGUACUGUGGGGAUCCUCCCGUUGGAGCUUCCCUUUUUAUGGCUGUGAUUGUAUUGGAUAUUCCUUUCAUAGCAACGUUUGAACCAACACGAUGAAGCAGUAAUAAAUCCAGACACGCAUUCCAACAGCGCUUUGGGUUGUCCUCCCUGAAUUCCUGAGGCCGAGCAUAUCCAAACAUGGAAGCUGGAGGCGGCACAGAGUGGCACGAGCCAUGCAAAGCCAUCAUCCAAACGACAUCAACACACGUGGGCUGACAAAGAAUACCUACGCAAACCCAUAUGAUCCCUCCCCAAGGCAUGCUGGGUAGCUUGUGCUAGUCGGGGUUGUUGCCACUGGACUACCUAGCAUGCCUUGCAGGCGUUUUAAGGAAGCCCUUGGUUGCCUUUAAUCAUCAUCUGCAUAUUAGUAGUCGUAGAUUUACGCCUGUGUUAAGUUGCUGUGGAUGUCUUUUGUUGCACUGACUGAUGACCAUCGAUAUUUGGAUGCCCGUUUUUUUAACCAAACACCUUCCCUUGUUGACUUGGAGCCCCAGCCAGCAUGACCCCCCCCACUGGUUGGAGGUGUAGUGCUGCAUGCUGCUUACUAAUACUAACAUUACAAUACUUGUAGUAUUUAUACUAGCUAGUUUCCCUUGAUGUAAACAACUGUUUACUCCCAAAGUUGCUUUGUAUCUAUGCUAGCGCCGUGACGCAUCAAGGCGCGCCCGUGCCCCGGGUGACACGUGACGCAGCCCACCCUGGGACCCCAGCGGUAGGCGAUGAAGCGUUACCUCAUUCGUCCUCCAGCUGCUGAUAAGGGCAGACGGCCGCCAUAUCAGCAGCUGCAAGGACGAGGUCGCCAGAGCGCCAGACAGGAAAACAUCUAUGAGGAGAGACCUUCAGUUGUUCCAGGGCUGUCCAACCUGCGGCCCAGAGCCAACAUGGGAUCUAAACAUCUUUUUCAUCUGGCUUCCAUUGUGCUU